AUGACUGCGAACAAAGCUGCCUGGAUCACUGCCCCCUUGCAGCACCCUUUCGCCGUUCAUGGAGCACCCAUGCCUACUGCGGGAACUGGAGAAAUCGUUAUCAGAACCUUUGCAGUCUCUGCUAAUCCUGUUGACUGGAAAAUUCAGGCACAUGGAAGAUACCUAUCACAGUUCCCCUUUAUCCUAGGUGAAGAUGCUGCCGGCCUUGUAGAGGAGGUUGGCGAUGGCGUCACCAGGUUUAAAAAAGGCGACAGAGUCAUCGCACAUUGUCACGGUCUCAUGACGAGGAACCCCGCCAACUCUGCUUUUCAGCUCUACCUAGUCGCUACUGCGUCUUUGGUGUCAACUAUUCCCGACUUCAUGACAUUCGAGCAAGCUGUCGUCCUUCCCCUUGCCAUCUCAACGGCAUGCGCCGGCCUGUAUGAGAAGGCACUUCUUGGUCUGCCGUUGCCUUCUACCACGAAUCCCAAGAAUAGUGGCAAGAGUGUCUUGAUCUGGGGUGGCGCAUCUUCCGUUGGCGCAACCGCCAUUCAGUUAGCGACCGCCUCAGGUGUGACUGUCAUCACUACGGCUUCCCCUGCCAAUCACAAGUUCGUCAAAAGUCUGGGUGCCAGUACGGUCUUUGACUAUAGGUCUCCGAAUGUUGUUGAGAAAAUUGCUAGCAUUCUUGCUGAGACCGACUUCGUCGGGGUGUACGACGCGAUUGGCGAAGACUCCAGCUUGGAUGCCAUCUCUGCCAUUCUUGAUCGACUCAACAAAAAAGUCCCUGUGGCGAGCGUGCUCCCCAGUGAAAAAAAGACGGAACGAUUCGCCCCUGUGUAUAUCGUUGCUUUCAGCAUCAUUCAAGCGCCCAACCAGCACAUUGGUGAAUGGAUCUGGGGCAAGUUUAUCUCCGAAGCCCUGGCGAAUGGCUCGUUUCAGGCCAAGCCUGAUCCUUUAGUAACUGGCCAUGGACUAGAAAGCAUUCAGGAAGCUGUUGAUGUACAGCGCAAAGGUGUCUCCGCUAAGAAGAUCGUGGUCACCAUUUGA